AUGAAAUCGUUCGUUAUCGUUGCCCUUUGCCUUUGCGUGGCCUACAACAGCUGGGCUUUGCCCAUUGACAGUGAAACUCAAAUCGCUUUGGAGGCUGUAGAUGCUGCCACAUCUGGAGAUUCGGAUAUUGAGCACGUCCGACAAGCUCGUCAAUAUUAUGGCGGUUAUGGAUUCGGCGGAAUAGGUUAUCCAGCCUAUGGUGGUUAUGGUGGUCUUGGUUAUGGUGGCAUUGGCUACGGUGGAUAUCCAGCCUAUGGAGGUUACCAAAUUGGUGGUUUUGGUGGCGGUAUUGCCAACGCCUAUUCGUCGGCAUAUUCUUCAGCUGGCGCCGGUUUCUUUAAGUAA